UUUGGCACAAUGAAGUGGGUAACCUUUAUCUCCCUUCUUUUCCUCUUCAGCUCUGCUUAUUCCAGGGGUGUGUUUCGCCGAGAAGCACAUAAAAGUGAGAUUGCUCAUCGGUUUAAUGAUGUGGGAGAAGAACAUUUCAUAGGCCUGGUGCUGAUUACCUUUUCUCAGUAUCUCCAGAAGUGCCCAUAUGAAGAGCAUGCGAAGUUAGUGAAGGAAGUAACAGACUUGGCAAAAGCAUGUGUUGCUGAUGAGUCAGCAGCAAAUUGUGACAAAUCACUUCAUGAUAUUUUUGGAGACAAAAUCUGUGCAUUGCCAAGUCUUCGUGACACCUAUGGUGACGUGGCUGACUGCUGUGAGAAAAAAGAACCUGAGCGAAACGAAUGCUUCCUGCACCACAAGGAUGAUAAACCCGACUUGCCUCCGUUUGCGAGACCAGAAGCUGAUGUUUUGUGCAAAGCCUUUCAUGAUGAUGAAAAGGCAUUCUUUGGACACUAUUUAUAUGAAGUUGCCAGAAGACAUCCUUACUUUUAUGCCCCUGAACUCCUUUACUAUGCUCAGAAGUACAAAGCCAUUCUAACAGAAUGUUGCGAAGCUGCUGAUAAAGGGGCCUGCCUCACACCUAAGCUUGAUGCUUAAGGAAAAAGCCUGAUUUCAGCUGCCCAAGAGAGACUCAGGUGUGCCAGUAUUCAGAAAUUUGGAGACAGAGCUUACAAAGCAUGGGCACUUGUUCGUCUGAGCCAAAGAUUUCCCAAGGCUGACUUCACAGACAUUUCCAAGAUAGUGACAGAUCUCACCAAAGUCCACAAGGAAUGCUGCCACGGUGACCUGCUUGAAUGUGCAGAUGACAGGGCGGACCUUGCCAAGUACAUGUGUGAACAUCAGGAAACAAUCUCCAGUCAUCUGAAGGAAUGCUGUGAUAAGCCAAUAUUGGAAAAAGCCCACUGCAUUUAUGGUUUGCAUAAUGAUGAGACACCUGCUGGCUUGCCAGCAGUAGCUGAGGAAUUUGUUGAGGAUAAGGAUGUUUGCAAAAAUUAUGAAGAGGCAAAAGAUCUCUUCUUGGGCAAGUUUUUGUAUGAGUAUUCAAGAAGGCACCCUGAUUACUCUGUCGUUCUGCUGCUGAGACUUGGCAAGGCCUAUGAAGCCACCCUGAAAAAGUGCUGUGCCACUGAUGACCCUCACGCAUGCUAUGCCAAAGUGCUUGAUGAGUUUCAGCCUCUUGUGGAUGAACCCAAGAAUUUAGUGAAACAAAACUGUGAACUCUAUGAGCAGCUUGGUGACUACAACUUCCAAAAUGCGCUCCUAGUUCGUUAUACCAAGAAAGUACCUCAAGUGUCAACUCCAACUCUCGUGGAAAUAUCAAGAAGCCUAGGAAAAGUGGGCAGCAAGUGCUGUAAGCAUCCUGAAGCAGAAAGACUGCCUUGUGUUGAAGAUUAUCUGUCCGUGGUCCUGAACAGGUUGUGCGUGUUGCAUGAGAAGACACCAGUGAGUGAGAAAGUCACCAAAUGCUGCUCAGAGUCAUUGGUCGACAGACGACCAUGCUUUAGCGCCCUGGGCCCCGAUGAAACAUACGUCCCCAAAGAAUUUAAUGCUGAAACAUUCACCUUCCAUGCGGACAUAUGCACUCUUCCAGAAACGGAGAGGAAAAUCAAGAAACAAACGGCACUUGUUGAGUUGGUGAAACACAAGCCCCACGCAACAAAUGAUCAACUGAAAACUGUUGUUGGAGAGUUCACAGCUUUGUUAGACAAGUGCUGCAGUGCUGAAGACAAGGAGGCCUGCUUUGCUGUGGAGGGUCCAAAACUUGUUGAAUCAAGUAAAGCUACCUUAGGCUAAAAAAUCACAGCCACAAUAAUCUCAGCCUACCCUGAGAAUAAGAGAAGAGAAAUGAAGACCCAGAGCCUAUUCAUCUGUUUUUCUUUUCUGUUGAUAUAAAACCAACAG